CGGUGCUCAGGGUCGUGCGCGUGUCACCGUCUCACAGCAUAAAGGCGAGGUUCACAGCUUCAAAACUUGCGAUACAUGGCAUGGAGGAGGCAGCGGGCAGCCGCAGUCCGACGUGUGCUAAGUUAGGCGGAGGAGCUGCAAAACACGGUCUGAACCCGAGCUGAAUGAAGCGAGUCCUCGUCUAGGCUGUUCCGAGCGCCGUGCUUUUUUCCCCUCCUUCCCUUUUCCAUUUCUAAUUUCCUUCUCGGUGAAAUCUGACACAUCAGCGGCUCGCUCGAGUUUGUAGACUGGUAGAUUUAUGCUAAUUGGCCCGCGUGCUUCGCGAUCGCAGGCGGUAUCAGGAGCGAACACACUCGGCUGAAAACUGUGGCGUUUUUAGAUGCCUUCAAGUUUGUGAGCGAGAGGGACACCCCCCUCGUCCUCCACCUCCUCCUCCAAACCCCGUUUUUUCACACGAGGGACAGACACACCGACAUCACCGCCAUCCUCUGCUGUAUGAAACGGACCAGUGUCGGGAAGGAAACAAAAAAAAGAAGUGGUCAAAGAUUUGACGGGAAUCAUGGCAGCUACUUUAUCAGCGGAGGAAGAGCAGGCUACCAGGCAGUUUCUGGAGGAAAUCAACAAGUGGACCAGUCAGCAUGGAGUGUCUCCGCUGUCCAGGGAAUUGGCCGUCAAGUUCCUCAUGGCUCGCAAGUUUGACGUCCUCCGAGCCAUCGAGCUGUUCCACAGUUACAGGGAAACGCGUCUUAAAGAAGGAAUUGUCAGACUUCAGCCUCAGGAGGAGCCUCUGCGGUCCGAGCUGCUCAGUGGAAAGUUCACUGUGUUGAGUGUACGAGACCCGUCAGGGGCCUCCAUCGCCUUGUACACAGCCAAACUGCAUCACCCCAACAAGACAGGCAACCAUGUGGUGCUUCAGGCCCUCUUCUACCUCCUGGAUCGGGCUGUGGAAAGCUUCGAGACUCAGAGGAAUGGCUUAGUGUUCAUCUAUGACAUGGCAGGCUCCAACUACACAAACUUUGAGCUGGACCUCAGCAAGAAGAUUCUCAACUUGCUCAAGGGGGCGUUCCCUGCCAGGCUGAAGAAGGUGCUGAUCGUAGGUGCCCCGGUGUGGUUUCGAGUGCCCUACAAUCUGCUCAGCCUGCUUCUCAAGGAGAAACUGAGGGAGAGGGUUCAAAUGGUAAAAAUGGCCGAGCUGCGCCAGCACCUCCCCAGAGACUGUCUCCCUCAGCACCUUGGUGGCCUGCUGCCUCUGGACGCGUACAGCUGGAACCAGCAGCUACUGGCGGGCCAGAAUGGCAGAAUAGACCCUGUGGAUGAAUUGGUGGGCAUCCCCUUUGAAGAUGCCUCCAUUCACGUCCCCGGACCAGAGUCCAUGCGCCCGCAGGAGCUGUUGACGCACCUCGGCAGGCUACAGCGCUCGGGCAUCCAUCAGGAGUAUGAGGAGCUACGCAAAGAAGCACCACCCGGAACCUUCCACUGUGCACAAGCAGCCUACAAUCAGGAGAAGAAUCGCUACGGUGACGUGUUGUGCCUUGAUCAGACGAGAGUUCGUUUGAAACCCAGAAAGAAUGAGAGAUCAGACUACAUCAAUGCGAGUUUCAUGGACGGCUACAAACAGAAGAAUGCCUACAUUGGUACUCAAGGACCACUAGACAGGACCUACGGUGAUUUCUGGAGGAUGGUUUGGGAACAAAAUGUCCUUGUUAUUGUCAUGACAACCAGGACCGACGAAGGCAGUCGGAGAAAGUGUGGGCAGUACUGGCCUCUGGAGGAAGGUGGACAGGAGGUCUAUGGCCACAUAGCAGUAGUGAACCAGAGGGUGGACCGCCAUAGCCACUACAACCACACCACUCUUGAACUGCACAACACUGAGACAUGUGAACAGAGACAAGUGAGUCAUUUCCAGUACCUCAGCUGGCCCGACUAUGGCGUCCCCACCUCAGCAGUGACUCUGAUUGACUUCCUGGGAGCUGUGAAGAGACAACAGAGAAAAAUGGUCAAGGCUCUGGGAUCUCAGUGGACAGGCCACCCGCUGGGACCGCCAAUGGUGGUCCACUGUAGUGCAGGGAUUGGGAGAACAGGUACCUUCUGUGCCCUGGACAUCUGUCUGUCCCAGCUACAGGACGUAGGCUCACUUAACGUGUGCCAGACAGUACACCGCAUGAGAACACAGAGGGCCUUCAGCAUUCAAACCCCAGACCAGUACUACUUCUGCUACAAUGCCAUUUUGGAGCACGCCCAAAGACAGGGCCUCAUCCCAGCCAAUCAGUGAGCUUCAGCCAUGACCUUCCAAACCAGUCCAUGAGCCCUGUGAUUCCUGCAGUCAAGUCUGUUAGCCCCAAGCCAUGUUUUGUGACCAGUUAGCCCAGGAAAAGAAACUUCCUCACAGAUGCUGUCUUUACAAAAGAUAAAAAUAAAAACUAGGCCAUAGUUUUUUGGCAGACCAAGACUGUGAUGAUGAAAGGCUUGAUUGUUGACAUAGUGUUUUUAAUGAUGACAUUUCUGGCAAUGUGACGUUUUUGUUUAUUUGCUGAACAUGUCUCCAAAAAUGCACGUCAUUGUGGAGAAACUGCUCAGCACAGCACAGUGGUGUUGCAUGCAUGAGAUUGGGUCCAAGAUCAUCUUUUUUUCUUUUCUUUUUUUUCUUUUUUCCCAAAAAUAGUUUAUUCCAUUGAACCUUUUAACAUGGACACAGUCCAAAAAACUGCUCUUUCAUUUUCCUUAACUGCUGCUGUAGUGUUUCAUAAGUGUUUCUUUGCCAUAAUAAAUGCCACCUCGGAUGAGACGGAACUGUGGCUGCUAUCUUGUUUCAUGUGUUCUUGGACAAAUUGUUCUCAGUGCGGUUGGGAAAUGAGAUCUUGACGUUGUUGUCAUUUUUGGGGUAAAAUUGCUUGAACCAUUACCAUGGCUGUUCACUUUGGAAGCGUGUCUAUGUUGAGUAACAGUGUGUCGUGAUAAAUGUUUGAGCUUUGGGAGAGUCAGAUUGGGAUAUUUUUCCACCACUGUCCUUUCUCACGUGUAGACCUCAGGAGGGGGGGGGGUGCUUAUACCACUGGAACUUCGGUUUAGGCAUGCAGAGCGUGCUUUAGGUAAAUGCAGUGGGAAAACUGAUUGUGCUUUUUCACUGACUUUCUAAUUGGGAGCCGGCAGGCUAAAGACCGACUAAUGACCGAUUUGGCUGCGGACGUUGUUGGUGAAAACAGCAAUGGAUGGUACGAGCUACUUUUGCAUAGUCUCAGGAGUGUCAUACCAAACACGAAGUGAAACCACAGUCAGGAUAGAAGCAGUUUCAUUCCAUCAAUGUAUUCUCCUCCAGCCCAAAUAAGUAAAGCACAUCCAAAAUGAAUCCUCUCAAAUCCCAAAUGGCAUUAUUCAUUUCAGUCCAUGAGCGUGCCUUCCCCCCCCCUUCGCUUAUAGUGAGGUGGGCCAUUGAGCUUUCAUUAUUGUAGGAAUGUAUUCCUAAGCCCCCCACAUGCAUCUUCACACACUUGCUUAGAGCAGCCCAUGCUGCAGUUACUAUGCCAUUUAAGCAUGCAUCUGUACAUCAGUUAAGACCUCAUGAGUAGUGCAAUACUUUUUUUCUUUAAAAAAAACAAAAACAUGUCUUAGCACUUUGAAAUAACUAUUCCCAACAUGCUCUGAGAUUGGUCGUUAUGGCAACGGGAUUGGAGGAGGAAAAACUUAAUUCUUUUGCUCUACACGUGAUGCUGGGAUAACUUGAUUGUUAUUGUAAAUUUAGUGAUGCUUAAAUAUAAACCAUUUACUGUAAAAUGAAUACAAAUCUGCAUAGUGCUUUACUGGGACAAACCGAGCUGAUUUUUACUGGGAAAACCAGACGGCGACGGUAGAAUAGUUGAACCAAGCACAAAUCUGUGCCUACAUCUUAUGAAGUCCUUCUGGGCCAUGUGAGCAUCAGAAACUUAAGUAUAAUUUUCAUUAUUAUUGUUGCUUUCAGUUCUCCAGACUGUGGAUGUAAUCUGUGCUUUCAUUUGGUCCCAGUAUCUUGCCAUCAUUAUUAUUAUUGAGUACAUGUACAAAAACUGUUAUGUUUAUGCGUUGGGGCAGGGAAGGGGGGGGGUGUUCUUUGCUACAGAAUUCAUAUUGAAUUUGCUUGUAGUGAAGUUUGGUUUGUUUUGUUUUUUUUGUUUUUUUUCUGUCUGCCAUCCUUGUGUGUACUUUUUUUUUUUUUUUUUUUUUUUUUUUUUGUAGACUUUUCCUUUCAAUGAUGAACACAAAAAUGUGCGCUAUUUUAUUUUUCUAUUAUUCAACAGCUGUUUUCAUACGAUUAGCUAGGAUUAUACAAUUAUCUACAUUAAUUUUAUAUUUGUUCUGUUAUAACCUGUUUAUCAUUCGUAUGACUAGUGAUUAAAGUUAUACUGUAUUAAAUAAAAAAACCUAUGCCAACCUGUGUCUUUGUACAGGCGGUGUGUUUCUUGGCUUUCAAAGCUGCACUUUUACUG